CUCACUUUCAGUAUGGCGGCGCGGACUUGUGGAGGAGGAUAACUUCUUGUGGAUUCCUGCCAGAGAACAGUUGCAAUGCGACGGUUAUAACUCAGCCCCGCCGCGGUGAACUCGGUACGGAGGUUUUUUCUGGUGGAAAUAGUCGCGCUGCUGUGAUGCGUGAGCAGCCGAGAAACUCGUCUCAUUUUCCGCUGCUGACUGUCAGUUAGCCGGAUAUCUGUUAGCACUUUUCUGCUAACUCUCACAGAACGCUGUAUUAACCCAGACGGAGGCUAAAAUUACUGCUUUUGUGCCCACCGGGAGAUGGGGAUGGCAUUUUUUCUUCGUUCGGUAAGCGAGCUGGCUGAGAAGGACGCGGAGGAAACAUUUGAGCACCGUGACGACAAGUUUGUCGGCACUCGUUAGCCUAGCCUGAUUUAGCCUAGCUUGUUGGCCGGGCGCUAGCGCUUUGCCUAUUAGUGACCUAGCCAAUUAGCAUCGAAGUUGCCUAAGAAGAUCUCUUAAUCCCCGAUUCACCCCGCCUGACGUGCCGCUGAGUCGAGCUGCUUCAGGGUGCGGGUCUUGGUUAAGUCGGGCAUGUUGGCGGUGCUGCUGCCGACAGUUAGCUGUGGUUCUGCGGGAGUAUGUGUGCCGAUUACAGGUGACACAUUAGUUCAGGCCGACACGCUUGUUGCAUAUUGAUCUGGUUGACAGCAGUCGUUCGGUUAACUGGCCCACACACGGGCAGUGUUCUGCGUUGAUAAUUCCCUGUCAUUUAUGUUCGCUUUUGCCACCUUUGAGGACUAACGGAGCUUCUCUGCCUAUUCCAGAGAUAGUUUGAUGGACGUGGAGGUCUGUCAGCCCUGCUGUCAGUCAUGUGUGUCCUGACACAUGGCACCCUGGUUUUCUCCACCUCUGCUCCACAGUCCUGAUGGGAAUGUCUUGAUACCUGUUGGAUUAUUUUAUUUUUUUUGAGUUCAUGUGGGAAAGCGGUGCAUGGUGGACCAUGAUUAUUAGCUAGUCCCUGGAAUAAGAAGGAAGGGGAAAAAAAAAGACAACUUCACACAGGCCACAGUCAAAUCAAGAUUAUUUUUUGGGGAUUUCAACCGAAACCCGCCACUCUGGAUCAGGAAAAUCUGUCUCUUGUGUCUGGUUGGAGUAACACCCUAAAGCCAAAAUCAAUGCCUUCAGCGUUGGCAGUAUUCGCCUGUCGACCCAACUCGCAUCCAUUCCAGGAGCGGCAUGUGUAUCUGGAUGAACCAGUCAAGAUUGGCCGGUCGGUGGCUCGGUGUCGCCCGGCUCAGAACAAUGCCACCUUUGACUGCAAGGUGUUGUCCAGGAAUCACGCCUUGGUCUGGUUCGACCACAAGACGGGCAAGUUCUACCUGCAGGACACGAAGAGCAGCAACGGCACCUUCAUCAACAGCCAGAGGUUGAGUCGCGGCUCGGAGGAGAGUCCGCCCUGUGAGGUUCUCUCCGGUGAUGUCAUACAGUUCGGUGUCGACGUCACGGAGAACACCCGCAAAGUCACCCAUGGCUGCAUCGUGUCAACAAUCAAACUCUUCCUGCCUGAUGGGAUGGAGGCACGCCGGCGAAGCGAUGUCAUCCAGGCUCCUUUACCGCUACCUGUAGACAAGGUUGCAUCCAACACUCCCCCUAUGUAUUCUCGACUGUUCCAGCUCUCCCAGUACCUACAGGAGGCCUUACAUAGAGAGCAGAUGUUGGAGCAGAAGCUGGCCACUCUGCAGCGUCUGUUAGCCACCACUCAGGAAGCCUCAGAGAGCAGCUGGCAGGCUCUGAUCGACGAGGACCGUCUGCUCUCCACUGAGGUGAUGGGCGGUCAGCUGCAGGCCUACUCAAGUCCCAGGACCGAGGAGGGGAUGAGGAAGGAGCUCGUGGCUCUUCAGGAGGACAAACAUAACUACGAGACUACGGCGAAAAGAAUCUCUGAGGAGAUUCCUGCAGGAGAAGAUCGAGUGGUCAGGAAGCUGUCAGAGGUGGAGCGGUCUCUCAGUACCACGGAGGACGAGUGUACUCACCAGGAGAUGUCUGAGAGGAGUCCGGGAGGAAGCCUGAAGGAGCUGGCUAACAAGUAUAACGCUGCUGUCAAUGAGAUCAAAGAGCUCACAGACAAAAUUAAGGUUGCGGAGGGCCGGCAGGAGGAGCUGACACAGCGGGGAGCAUCUGAGAAGAGGGAGUUGGAGCUGCGGCUUGAGGAGAUGGAGGAGAAGGAGCAGGUUCUCCAGGCUCGGAUCGAGGCUCUGCAGGCCGACAACGAUUUCACCAGCGAGAGGCUUACUGCCCUGCAGGACAACUGUCAUGUUAACAGCGGAGGAGAGUCUACUAGAAUCCAACAGUUGAUUGAAUGUCCACCAGUGAAACAGCUGAAGGAGACGGUCAGCUCUUCAAUCCACAAACUGACCAACUUUGACGAAGUGAUGGAUGCCCAUCUACAGAACAACCAGACAGCAGAAGACAACAUUCUGACCAGUCCUGAUCGACUUAAAGGGAAUCCGAUGGAUGCCAAAGAGUCCGACAUGUCAGACACGCUGAGUCCCAGCAAAGACCGCAGCAGUGACGACACAUCAGAAGGUAACAUGGACGAUCAGGAGCUGAAUGAACCACAGAACAGAGUCGCUUUGCUCAAAGCGGAGUUGCACCGGGCUGGUCUGGAGCCUGGAGACACAGACCAGGUGAUCCACCAUCUCCACCGAGAGCUGCUAGAAGCCCAGGAACUCGCAAACACUGGCAAGCAGAAGUGUCUGGAGCUGCAAGCUCUGCUCGAGGAGGAGAGGAGGAGCAACUCCCAGCUGACGGAGGAGUCGACCAAACAGAUCAAGUAUCUGCAGACUCAGCUCGGGAAGCUGCAGGCCGACAUGGAAGCGCUGAGGGAGCAGAGGGAGAGCACGAUCUGUAGCACCAGAGACGAGCUGUACUCCGCGCAGGAGGAGGUCCUCGUCCUGCGUCAUGCUAUGGAGGCAGCCACAGCAGAGAGGGAGCGUGAGAUCGCCGCCCUACAGGCCGACCUGGGCAGCGUUCGCUGUGAGCUGGAACACUGGAAAAACACGGCCGCUAAAUACGAGGAGGAGAUUGGGCGGCUGCAGGAGGCCUUCACACGGCAGCAGCAGCAGCAGCAGCACACAGCGAGCCAGCUGCAGGCGGAGUGUGCAGAGUUGCAGCAGCGGUGUGCAUCUUUGCAGCAGGACUGUGACGGCCUGAGAGCUGACCGAAAAGCUCUUACGGACAGACUGCACCGCUUAGAGGCUGAGCUGAGCAGCACCAGGGAGCAGAGUUUGGUCCUCAGCAACAGCCUGGAGUUUCUAGAAAAGAGGGAGGAGGUUCUGCAGGAUAAGCUCGGUUCUCUGGAGAACCAGCACCUGCAGGAUGCGAGCAAGCUGAAGAGCCAGCUGGACCAGGCCCAGGCCCGCACCCACACACUGCAGAGAGAGUAUGAAGACACUCAGUCCCAGUUGUUGGACCUCCGUCAACGAUAUGAGAGGACGGAACAGGAGAAACUGAACAUCCACCAGGAGCUGGAACAGUGUCGGAGCAACCUGAAGGUUCUGCAGGACAAGACCAGCUCUACACCCACAUUGCAGCCUCUCCAAGCCAUAUUCAUGGGCCUUGUCCUGGCUCUGCUCUACUGGUGUUUCAGCCAGUUGUGGUAGAAAGAGCGGCUGGGGCCACUGGAUGCCGGUUGUCGUGGUGAUGAUCGCCGUGACGGCAGCUGUCCUCUAUCCCAGCCUGUCUAAGAGCAGCGCCACCUAGAGGAGUGCGUCUGUGCUUUACUUGUAUAAAGUGUAAUUGUACAUAAUUGUAGAGGGAAUUUAAAGGUUGUGGUUUGUACCAUUGAUUCAGACACUUCUCUGACUUUGUUUUUUUUUUUUUUUUUUUUUUUUUUUUUUUUUUCCAUGGGGGCGGGGUUUUCCUUGUCGUUUUUACUCUGGUCUCAGCUGUGGUGGGGGGGGGGGCGCUCUGGUUUUCCAGCAAGCGGAAUUUUCUCACAAACUUGAACAGAUGACUUCCAGAAUCCUCAGUCCGACCAGAACCGGGUCGAUCGUGAUCAGUCACCACCCCGGUGAAGCCAGUCGAUCAAUCAGCCGACAAUUUCUGAUCAGCUCAGCUUCAGUCUUUGUGUGUAAAAUGUUAAAUAGGAACAAAUUUUUACGACACAGAAGCCUGAAAAUUCUGUUGACGGAAAAACAGAAACAUGACCUACAUCCGUAGUUUAUCUAAAAAAAAAAACAAAAAAAAAAAAACAAUUUAGAAGCUGGAACAUAUUAAAAUCAAUUUUAUUGAUCAAUUAACUGGUUGGUUAAUCUGGUUAUCUGAAUAAUUUGAUUAGAUUAAUUUAUUCACUUUAUUGGCCAGUUGAUUUGAUUUGAUGAUCAGCCACGUUGAUGAUUUGAUUUAGCGGUCAGCUGUUUUGGACAGACGUGUUGUCUCCUUGAGAGUUCUCUGUUCUGUUUUGGCUCCGCUGUGUUGGAGGCCGAACGGUGUUUAUUAAUGUUUUUGUUUUUCAGGGGGAAGUGGGCGGGGUUAACUUGAACCAAAUGUCAGAGCUGAUAUAUAUUUUUUGUUUGUAGUUUUGGGCACAGACGGGGGUCAAAGUGCCUCUGAUGUAACUACCACAGUUUGUGUAUGUGUGUGAACAAACACACAUUUUAUCUAACACAUGCGUGUUUUUUUUUUUCCUUUUUUCCGUGUUGGAGUCCAGAGACACCGCGUGGAUCGGCCAUGUUGGAUGAUGUCACUCAGUGCUACAGGCAGCUAAGUCUGUGCAUCAUUUUAGUCCAGAGUGGGAGGUGAUGGUCAAACAUAGAAGCUUAGCCCCGACUUGUCAUCUAGCGCCACCAGCAGGUCAAAAUGUCCUCAGUGCUUUAUUUUACAGACAUACCUCAAAAAUAAAUUCUCCUCUGCAUCGUAACGGGAUGCAAGGGUCAGCCGAGCAGCAAUCCGUUUCCAUAACGACCGCGGCCUCAGAGGCAGGUCGGCGCUGGGCUGAGUGCCGUCAUAGUUAAACGUUUCCGUGAGAAGUCGCCAUCGGUUCUCUUCACAAACGAAUGUUCAGGUAUUUAUCGUCACACCUCCGCAUGGUGGCCGCUUGGUUCCACCCUCUCCUGGCCAGAGGGGGCGCUGUUUCUCUGGACUCCGAGCACCGUUUUGUCAUCCGCGUACACUUGUCUUGUCUGUGUUUAAGGAAAUUAAAGACAACGAACAAAUAUUCCUGAUGUUUAAAGAUACGAACACUACAGAGAAGUGUAAAAUAAAAAGCUAAUGAGCGACAUGCUACUAGACUUAUUUUGUUAAACUGUUGGAGAUAUGAGAGAGAUACUGUAUGUAGAGAUGUUUGAAUAUGCAGAUUAAAGGAUAUACAGGAUUAAAGUUGUAGCAAGGUGAAC